AUGGCAUCACGAGCACCUGCCAGCGCCGGCGCGCCCGAAGAUAAAACUACAGCCUUGAAAAAACUCCUCUAUGAUGAGUGUUUUCUAUCCUUCGAAGACAACCCAACGUUUUUCCAGGAUGAUUUAAUCGAGCUACAAAUACUACCCAGCGAUGAUGUGUCUAUGCUGUUGACCGUCACUCAGGGUCUUACAAAUGACAAGCUGUUCAAGGUAGUUCAGGAUUCGCAGAGGGGAAUUGGAUGGAAAUUGCGUAGUGAAGAUGAAGCCAAAAAAUACCGCAGCCUUUCCUCCGAACAUGAGAUUGUCUACGCGCUCAUCGACGAAGCAGGCGAUGAAGGAAUGUGGACCAAAACCAUCAAGAUGAAGUCCAAUCUCCACGAGGCCGUCUUUCGCGCCGCGAUCAAGCACCUCGAAACCAAACAUCUGAUCUCGGAAAUGAAGUCCGUGGAGCAUCAUAAUCGGAAAAUGUACAUUAAAUCGAGCCUGCAGCCUUCCGAUCGAGCAACAGGUGGAGCAUGGUAUACCGACGGUGAACUAGACGAAGAAUUUAUUACCCAACUUAUGCACAUCUUAUUUGAUCAGAUCCACCGGAAAUCUUUCUAUAAAUCUAGCUCGGCGAGUUUGAGAAAGCCAAAGAAGGUUAUGGGGAAAAAGAUGUCUGGAGAUGAGGCCAAAGCAUUGCGAGACCAGAGUCUAGGACCCCGAGUCAAAAUCGAAGAUGUGACCGAAGCAGAUGCUCUGGAUGGGGCUAGAAGACAUCACGAUGCCCUAUUACCCAUGCCACCCGGCUACCAAGGAUAUCCGACCCUCAAUGAACUCACAUCGUUCAUCGAUAGCUCAGGAGCUACGGCUACGACAUUGGCUGCUCAAGAUAUUCAGCAAUUACUGGAAAUAUUAAUUUUUGAUAAUAAGAUUGAGAAGGUUCUUGCAGGUCCAGAAGGGUUUUGCUAUAGGGCUGUGAGGAAGAGUUUCAGGGAGGAUCAGGAAGGUGGCCCGUUUAGUGCUUUGACGGAUGUUCCGUGCGGACACUGUCCAGUUGCUGAUCUUUGUGAGGAGGGUGGACCUGGCGAAGGUGGAUUCUCGGGAUGUGAUUCUAUUACAUAG